GUUCUAUCCUCUCAAAAUUGUUUCAUGGCAUUAAAUACUUUGUGGCACGAGUUCUAUGAAGACAUACAGCCGGAAAUUUGUUUUCCCACAAGGGUUUUACCCCCUCGAAGGAUCGUCCAAACCAUGAACACCACUCGCAGACGCUGAGAGCUUUUCCCAUAGUGUUCUCGUCAUCUCUGUGACUUCAUUCACUGCGCCAGAUUCAUGUCACACAUACAGGAGGAUUUACAUUUUUCUGUGGUUACUCGACAGCAGAUUAAACGUUGAGAGGAUUGUAGCAGUUGCUGAUCCAAAACCAAAGAGCCAAGGAGCAAAAAUACACAACACGCCUCCAGUUUCCUGAAAGUAAUGUGACGUACGUCUGGAAGAAAAAAAAGAAGGGGGGAGGGGGUUUGAGAUCCCCUAUCUUGUGGGGAUGAGAGAGGCUGCCUUUGCAACACCCACUUCAAUUCUACACUGUCAACAGGAAGGCUGGGAAGAGGAGAGAAGCAAAGGAGGAAGGACGUAGACAUUCAGCUUCAGGCUCCAGGACAAAGAAAAAACACUUGAGGAAAAAGGAACCAGCAUGAAUCAAAAAGAAGUGAAGAAAAUACAAUCCGUCUACCUCCAGAACUUGGAGAAACUCAACCAGGGAGUGAAACAAGAGAAGAAAUGCUGGAAGUCAAAGGAAGGGGACUUUGCAGCCAUGGAGAAGCUGCGCCCACCUGCUAAAGUUGGACAAGUGGCCAAAAGCUCUGCAAACAGAAUCAGUCGAGACCUAACCUGCUCCAUCUGCUUGGACCUUUUUAAACAGCCUGUGUCUUUGCCCUGCGACCACACUUUCUGUCAAGGCUGCAUCGAGGGUUACUGGACCGGGCCGAGGGUUCUCGGCCACGGGGGCACCAGCUCAUGUCCUCAGUGCAGGAAGAUGUUUCCAGGUCAGAGUUACAGACCCAACCGCAUUGUUGCCAACAUCGUGGAGAGCUACUGUCAUGGACUGGAGGAGAGCGGCGGCGGGUGUCGCAUGUCGGAGAGCAACCUAGUGGAGAAGGUACCGACUUAUGUGCCACGCUGCAGCAGACAUCGCGAGGAGCUGAAACUCUACUGUGAAGAGGACCAAGAGCUGGUGUGUCUUGUGUGCGGCGUGUCCCAGGAGCACCGAAGUCACACCAUGGUGUGUGUGCAGGAGGCUGAGCAGAAGUACAGGGUGUCUCUGAACACUUCCAUGGACUCGCUCAAAGCCGAGCUGAACACUGCACUGCAGUGUGACCGGGAAGCUGAGGAGGAAGUCAAGAAAUUAAAGGAGCACACCGCCGACCUGAAGCAGCGCAUAGAGGCUCAGUUCAGUGACCUGCACCAGUUCCUUUACCAGGAAGAGAAGCUGCUGCAGGUGAAGCUGAAGACAGAGGAGCGACGGGAGCUGAUCCGACUGGAUGAGCACAAGGCUCUGCUGUGUGUGGAGAUAUCACGUCUGCAGAGGGCCGUCCAUGAGAUCGAAGACAAACUGAGAGAACAGGACCCCUACUCUCUGCUCAGAAGCAUCAAGGUUCUCCUCCAGAGGCCGUCAUUAAAGUUUGAGAAGCCGACUUUCUCACCUCCGAGUCUCUGUGAGGGCCGGUUUGCAGGACCGCUGCAGUACAGAGUGUGGAAGUCCAUGAAGAGCAGCAUUUACCCAGUUCCUUCUGCGAUCACCUUUAACUCCAGCACAGCAAACCCCUGGCUCAGCCUGACCUCCUCCCUCACCUGCGUCCGCUACCAGACCUUCAACCACACAGUGGAGGACAACCCUCACCGCUUUAAUGCCGCGCUGUCUCUGCUGGGCAGCCAGGGCUUCACCCACGGGCGCCACUACUGGGAGAUAGAAGUCUACAGCAGCACGGUCUGGACUGUUGGUGUGGCCAGAGAAUCGGUGCCCCGAAAAGGGGUCAUCAAAGCUCUUCCUUCCAACGGCUUCUGGACUCUCUCCCUCUCUUACGGAAUCCAGUACAUGGCUGGGACCGCCCCACCCACGGUGCUGUCUCUGGAGGAGCCGCUGGCUCGGAUCGGCGUGUACCUGGACUACAAAAGAGGCCUGGUGUCCUUCUACAACGCGGAGAGCAUGACGCACCUCUACACCUUCAGAGAAGACUUCAUGGAGACCCUGUUCCCGUACUUCAACCUGGGGUUCCUGGAUAAAGUGCAUGAGAAUGAACCCCUUAAGGUUUUCCUGCCAAAGAUUUAGCACAAAGCAAAAACAGUACCGAGCUAUUCCUUUUAAUCUUUCUACACGCAAAGUCAAUUUGUGGAGAGUACACAAUGAAUCGAAGAUGUAAACGCUUGUACUGUUUUCAUUAUAACUAAAAUCAACUGGUGAUUUUUAAGGAUGUUGCUUGUUUAUCUGUUAUUUUGA